UUGACCUUAAUCGCUCUCUCCGCGUGGAUCUUCAAAUAGUUGCUUGGAGUUGAGUUAAAUUGUUCUGAACCUCGAAAUCCUAAAUUCGAUGGGGACUCCGGAAUUUCCAGAUCUGGGGAAACACUGCUCCGUCGAUGUUUGCAAGCAGAUCGAUUUCAUGCCCUUCACAUGCGAUCGUUGCUUCCAGGUGCUUUGUCUGGAUCAUCGAAGCUAUAUGAAACACGACUGUCCAAGAGAUGUCACUGUGGUUAAUACAGGAGAAGAAGAUUCAAACGCAAAUUGGGAUAAACAUGUUAAUAAUACAGACUGUGAUCCCUCGAAGAAGAAACCUUGUCCUGUUCCAAGGUGCAGAGAACUCUUGACGUUCUCUUACACUGUAAAAUGUCGAGACUGCUGCAUCGAUCAUUGCUUGAAACAUCGGUUUGGACCUGAUCAUACUUGUUCUGGACCCUGCAAGCAACCUGAUUCCUGUUUCUCGAGUACAAACCCAACAGUAGCUGCUACAAGCACUCCUGCAUCAUCGUCAAGAUCGCCUGCUAGUUUUUUCGCUUCUCUGGAAGCACGUUUAAGAAAGACAAGACGGACUCGGACAAGAUUGAAUUCGACCAGGGAAGGUAGAGUGGGAAACCCUCCCCUAUGGAUGGUCAGGGAAGGAGUGGAUGGUGUGGUCAGGGAACUGAGAGGACAGAUGAUUCAGGAAGAAGAAGAAAAUGUUGAAUGGGAAGAAGAAUAAGCUCCUGUUUCAGGUCAUUUUGAUUUUACUCUUACGAGGAGACCUUGUUUAGGUUCUUUAAGUAUAAAACCGAUAAAGAGCGUUUGCAUUUCUUCCAAAUAAAAGAAAAAGGACAAU